AUGGACGAGUCGGACACGAAAAGCGAUGCUGCAAAACGGGUCGUAACUCAGGAGAAUGGUGUAGAUCAUUUGAAUCUUGAAGAAGACGAUGUAGUUACGGAACAGAAGGAGAGCUUUUUCCGGGAAUAUCUAAGGAAUACAUCGUUCUUUGGCAUCAAAUAUGUGUUCAGCAGUGAGCUUAAGCUGAUCGAACGAUUGUUCUGGUUGACGAUCCUCGUAACGGGCAGUGUGUUUUGUGUAUUCUUUCUGAUGAUUUGUUGGAAACGGAUUUCGUAUCAGCUGGCAAUUAAAGUCCCGAACGAAGAACCUUCGCCGAUUUGGAGCAUUCCCUUUCCGGCUGUGACCAUCUGUGGUCAGUUGAGCAGCGGCUUGCGGGAGGAUCAACGAGCACAGUGCUUGUCCCGGAUUGUGGCGCUGGACCGGUUCUGCGAACAAGUGUGUUGGCAUCACCAGUGCGACAUCUGCAAGUCGCUGUUCACGGAGACUCGAACUGAGAAUGGAGUGUGCUACAGCUUUAACAACGUGGCGGCUGAUGAAUUGUUCAACCGGGAUGUCAUUGCUCCAGACUUGAUCCUUUCGAACGCCACAAAGUCAAAGGAGAACUGGAGUCUCCAAAGUGGUUACGCCAAUUACGGAGUGUUUCUGAAGUAUUAUCCUCGACCUGCGGUCGACCUCUCAGGAAGAUACCACCUCAAGCUGAAGCUGAAGUUCAACGAGACUUUCCAGGAUGACGAAUGCGGCGAUUCUGCUCAAGUUACGAUAUUCUUGCAUAAUCCUGCGGAUUUCCCAGGAAAAGGCAAGAAUGGUGUACAAGUCAGAUCCUCAGAAGUCGUGGACGUUACCAUCAAACCCACUGCAUUGAAUGCAUGCCCUUAUAUGAGUUACUAUCCGUCGAAAAGCACCAAGUGUUAUUUCGAGGGCAAACGUUACCUGCGAUUCUUCCGGACCUACACCAAAGACAACUGUGAGCUAGAAUGUCGGACCAACUUCUUUCUGCAGAAGAAAAAGUGCGUUCUGGCGUACAUGCCAAGGGAUUCCAACGCCAAACUGUGCAACAACAGCUACCAGUCGGAUGAUCAACUUGAUAAAGAAGCUAUAAUCCUAGCUCGGACGGAGCAAUUUCCGCUGUCGCAGUACUUUGUGAAAACCUGUAAUUGCUUGCCGGCGUGUAAUUAUCUAGUAACGAACAAAUAA